GUUAAAUUUUAUGGCAAACUGCAGAUCCUGCACGCCUUCCAUCAUUUCACACAUGUGUUGGUGACAAUGAAGAAGAGUUAACUCCAAAAUGGUACAAACAACAUGGUAUUGAAUUGGUUCUUGAUGCUCGAGUUAAGUCUGCUGAUAUAAGGCGUAAGACACUAUUAACAGCAGCUGGCGAGACUAUAAGUUACAAAAUCCUGAUCAUUGCAACAGGUGCUCGGGCUUUGAAGCUUGAAGAAUUUGGAGUAUGUGGAUCAGAUGCUGAAAAUUUGUGUUAUUUGCGGGAUGUAGCUGAUGCAAAUAGGCUUGUCAAUGUGAUGCAAUCUUGUGCUGGUGGAAAUGCCGUUGUAAUUGGUGGUGGGUACAUUGGAAUGGAGUGUGCUGCAUCCUUGGUGAUUAAUAAAAUAAAUGUAACCAUGGUUUUCCCAGAGGCACAUUGCAGUAAGUGAUCUUGUGGGUUAUCUAACUAUGCUGAUUGCUUUUUAUAUCUCUUGGUAAGCUUCUAAAUGAUUGUAAGAAUUCUUUCAUGUAAAUGCUAAUAUUGUCUCUCUUUUAUAGUUGCCCGUUUAUUUACACCCAAGAUUGCAAGCUAUUAUGAAGAUCACUAUGAAUCUAAAGGUGUUAAGUUUAUUAAACGAACUGUCUUGUCAUCGUUCGAAUUUGACUCCAGUGGGAAGGUUAUAGCUGUUAAUCUAAGAAAUGGAAGCCGUCUGCCUGCAGACAUGGUUGUGGUUGGAAUUGGAAUACGUCCAAACACAAGUUUGUUUGAAGGCCAACUGACUCUGGAGAAAGGUGGGAUCAAAGUGAAUGGACGGUUUCAAUCAAGUAACAACUCAGUCUAUGCAGUUGGAGACGUUGCUGCAUUUCCAAUCAAACUCUUUGGGGAAACCAGGAGGCUUGAACAUGUUGAUUCAGCUAGAGAAUCUGCAAGACAUGCUGUUGCUGCAAUAAUGGAACCAGAGAAAACUAGGGAAUUUGACUACCUUCCCUUCUUCUACUCCAGGGUUUUUGAAUUGUCUUGGCAGUUUUAUGGGGACAAUGCUGGUGAAGUAGUGAAUUUUGGUGACUACUCAGGACAUACCUUUGGGGCCUACUGGAUAAACAAGGGUCACCUUGCUGGUUGUUUCCUUGAAGGUGGAAGCAAAGAGGAAUAUGAAGCAGUAGCAAAGGCAACCAGGCUCAAACCAGCAAUUGAAGACUUGGCAGAGUUGGAAGAGCAGGGUUUGAGUUUUGCAUUGAAAGUUAGUCAGAAACCUCUACAAGAAGCUCCUCCCAUUGCUCUGGAGGGACCACUCUGUGCUUGGCAUGCGAUAGCUGGAGUAAUCCUGGCUGCUUCAGUGGCUGCAUUCGGAUUUUGGCAUGGGCAGAGGCACAAAAGACGGUAAUAUUGCUUUACUUGCAUCAGCAAUUUGUGGCAAUGCUGAUUCAAUCUGUAGUACCAAUGUUGUGCCAUUGAUAGCAUAACUGAUGAUCCAAAUACUUAAAUUUUUUCUUAACAUUCAUUCAAUGCACUUCAAUGUUGUUCCUCUCUCUCUAACUAUAUGUAUGUUGAUGAUCCAAACAAAUCCUUACAUUUUGU